CACACUAUGUCCCAUAUGGUGAGAGGCUGUUGGUCCUUUGGCUUGGCAAGGGGAUUGUGGGAUGGGACUGGUGCCUGGCUUGGGGUAAUUGUGUGCCUUAUUGCCUUGCUGUGUCAAUCAAUCCUUCUUGGGAAUCUGCAGAAGGAACUUUCUCUAGUCCAGAAGCAAAAUGAAGAAUCUAGAGUGGAGGUGAGGGAACACCGUGAUUCAGAGCAGCACUCCUCAUCACUGUGUUCCAGACAGAAGAGGGAUCUUGCCUCUAACAGAACGCAACGGCAUAAAGGAAAACGUUGUGUUAUUCAUCUGGUGCCUGAGUCUUUCUCGUCAGAUGUGUCACGUGACAUCACUCUAAUCUUCUGGAAAGUGUCUCUACGGGUUGGCAAAUCUCUCAGUGUCCAAGCAGCAAGUGUAAGAGUGAAGGAUUCUGGGAUAUAUUAUAUAUAUAGUCAGGUUCUGUACCAUGAUAACACCUUCACAAUGGGACAGAGCGUUACACGCAGAGCAGAAGAAGACACUGACAAAAAGGAUAUUUUGCUUCGCUGUGUGCAAAGCAUGCCAAGUGAUGAAGAAAUAGCCUAUAAUACUUGCUAUAGUGCUGGAGUUUUCCAGCUGCAGAAAGGUGAUAUCAUUCAACUUUCUAUACCAAGACACAAUGCCAGCCUGGACCGCUGUGGUCAAGCUACCUUCCUGGGAUUGGUCAGGCUAUAGGUCACCUGGUUAUGGACUCAUCCUGUAAUGUAGGAGUAAAGCAGAGACUAAUUUAAAU